GACCGAUCGAUAGAAAACCGUGAAGAACAAAACAAACCCCACUGAACUGUAGAAAUGGACUUAAAGAAGGAAAAACUGAAAGGAGCGGUCUGAAUGCUGCGUUCACUGACACGACGCGACUGGAAAGACAAGACGCGCAACAGUAGUUCUAUAGGAUAAACAAUUCAGGAUGCACUGGUUAAUCUUACCUAAUAUAGGCCUACUUGUGUGUUUUCACGGUUAUAUAUCGGCAUUUACACUGGAGACCAGAAUCCAUCAUACACAUGAUGAGUCCUAUUAUGAAUAUGUGCCUGAUCGCCUGCAGUGGAACGUUGCGCUGGAUCUGUGUAACCAACGCUCUGGGUCUUUAGCAACUGUCUCCAACCAAGCAGAGAACAAAGAGUUAACCAACUUUUUACAAUCCUUGAACAUUUCUAUGCCCGUGUGGAUUGCCAGGAAAGUUAUAACACAUCUAAAAAGUUCCUAUGAGACCCUGAUUCUGGAGUUCACUGGGCGCUCAGACAGGAAGCAUGCUCGUCUCCAACACCAGUUCCCCUCCAUGGGCUCAGUGACUGUUUGCACCCGUCUUCGCUUCGAUCCAAGCUGCUUUGGAAUUUCCACCAUCUUCUCUUAUUCCAUCCAGUCAUAUAUUAAUGAAUUCCAGCUCCGUGCAAACCUAGUCCAGGGCAAGCUUGUGCAGCUGGCUCUGCUGGUCCAUGGCAUUCAUGGGCCUUACCAUGAGGCCUUCGACCAUGAUGACUCCUGGCAUUCUGUUUGUGUUUCAUGGGACCAGAAUGGUGGACGAUGGGUGUUAUUUGCAGAUGGUCUUGUGGUUUCCAGAGGUGAUGGCUUACACAGCUCUGGCAGCAUUGGCCCUGAUGGUCAUUUUAUUAUUGGCCAGGAGCAAGACACCUUUGGGGAUUCAUUUAAGAAGGACGAAUCAUUCUCAGGGAGCAUCACAGAACUGCACAUUUGGGAGAGAGUACUGGACAGCCAUGAAAUCUACACCAUGGAAAAUGAGUGUUCACCCAUUUCCUUUGGGCUGGUGUUCAAGUGGAGUGGAGCAGCCAUAGAAAUAGAGUCCUCAGUCAUAAAACUGUGGAGAGACAACCCAUGUCAAGGUAACAUCAGUGUGUUGCAAAAUCCAGUUCUGAGUUCCCUCCUGACUGAUAAUCCCUUGCUGAAUCAAACCAUCACCUUGGAGUUGUUCGGCAGCCCUCAGGCUGAAGAAGAAUGUGGCAUCUUUGACCCAGUUAUCGGGAAUUGGACUUUUGCCAAGUGUGAUUCAAUGAGGGGCGCUGUCUGCCAAUUUAGGAAAGAAGUGAUGGAUAUUUUGAAUUUCCCGAAGACUCCAUUCUUCAGCAGAUUGAGAUUUGAUCCUCUGAACAAACCUGCAACUGAGGAGUUUAGUUUUAACACCUCCUUAGAUGGAGACCUGACCUCAAUGCAGCAUCUGACCCAUGCAGUUCUGCAUAUGAUGGAGGCUGGUGGUCCAAACCUCCUGACCUCCACUGAUGUCCACUAUCUGUCCCAAAUGAUUGAACUGGACUUGUCUGCACUUGCUAGUGCCCACACCACCGGAGCUGACACAGCAGAAGUCAUGGUAUCCAUUGCCACCAACUAUGUAAAGGUGGCUAGUUUGAUGCUGGAGCCUCACAUGGCUGCACAGUGGAUGGGUGUGACAGAAGAUGGGGUUAAUGUGGGACCAUUUACCAUUGUUAAGACCAUUGACAGUCUAACUGAAGCUCUUGCAGACAUGCUGUCUCCAGAGAGAAGAGGCUUCACUCUCUCUACAAAGAACAUAGAUGUUUACAUGAAGUGGCAAAGGCUUUCUGAAGCAAGCUCAACUCAAGUCUUCAAGCCAUCUGCGCUCAGUUCUUCAACCGCCGGCAACAGCGGUCAGGAUGAUCUGCUUAUAUCUGUCUCUGAGCUUCAGAGGAUACACGCUAUUGGAUAUGAAGAUGUGAUGUUUAUUCACACACACUACAGUCAUCUGAGUGAGAUUCUGGGGCAUGGACAGGAGCCUCCGCUAAAAAGAAAUCCCCCACAACACCUGGCCUCUGCCGUCAUAUCGGCCACUAUCCGUGAUGCCUCCAAGGCACAAAUCAUCCCUGUUGCAGUCCAGUACACCCUUACCUCAUCACAUGUGGUGGAAUAUUCACAGCAAGUUACUCCUGUAUGUGCAUUUUGGAAUUUCAGCUUGAUGCUUGCCAGUAGCUGGUCCAGUGAUGGCUGCAGGGUUGUCUCUGCAGGCUCUGACGUUACUUCAUGUCUGUGUAACCACACCACCAACUUUGCAGUGCUGAUGAAUUACCUGGAGCCAAAGUGGAGUCAUGAGGAGGAGCUCAUCUUGACCAAACUGACGUUUAUCGGCUCUGGUGCCUCUCUUUGUGCACUAGUGGUGACCUUGAUGCUUUUCACUGUGCUAGACAUCCCCAAAUCUGACAGAACGUCCAUCCAUAAGAACCUUUUCAUCGCUCUGAUCUGUGCGCAGGUGAUUCUGCUGUGCAGUGGCUCAGCCAUUCACAACAAGGUGGCCUGUACACUUGUUGCAGCGCUGCUUCAUCUCUUCUUCAUGGCAGCAUUUAGCUGGAUGCUGGUGGAGGGUCUGCUGCUCUGGAGCAAGGUGGUUGCAGUCAACCUGAGUGAGGACCGGCACAUGAAGUACUACUAUCUCAUCGGCUGGGGUCUGCCAGUGCUGAUAGUCACUAUCACACUGGCAUCAGCCUCGGGCAAGUACUCAGCUGACGGCUACUGUUGGCUCAGUGUCCAGAAUGGUGUUAUCUGGGGCUUCGCUGGGCCAGUCAUCUUCAUCAUCAUGGUGAAUAUCAUGGUAUUAAGUCGAGUGGUGGUCAUAACCAUCUCCACAGCCAAGAGGAGGUCUAUUAUGCUGGCCAUGGGCGCCAGUCCUGUUGAACAAGCAUAUGAGCAGAUCAGAGCUGCAGUGAAAGCAGUGUUGGUGUUGUUGCCUAUUCUGGGACUGACGUGGCUGUGUGGUGUCCUGGUGCCUUUCUCCAUUGUCAUGGCAUACAUCUUCAUCCUCCUCAACUCCCUGCAGGGCCUGUUCAUCUUCCUGAUAUAUGGGGUGUACAACACAGAGGUUCGGAGCACGGUCAACAGGAUCAAGGAAAGGAGAAAAGCGCUUAAUUUUUCAAACUGUGCCAGUUCCAGACCUUCCAGCUCCGUCACCAGCUCUCGUCCCGUCAGUUUCCCACUUGGAUCCAAUCCGAGCCAAGAGGAGGAGCCCACCCAUGUGUCCAGUUGCAGCAGUACCUCCGGCCUGAGGAAAGAGGAUGAGGGGACCCGAGGUCAGCUGUCCAUUCCUUGUGUUCCAGAGAAAAUAGAAAAUCCACUGAUCCACACUUCCAAAGACACCGAACUGCAAAGAAAGGAGUCGUCUCCCUCUGAGGACGAUGCUUUGCCCGUUGGCUGUAGUCUUCACGUUCCCAUGGAGCUUGAGUUCAACGCUUCCUGUUUCCCUCGGAGUCCCGCGCCUCAAAAAAGCUACGGCCUCGUCUACAUUGACUGACCUGUUUCGGUGAUUAUAGUUUGAUAUGUAUAUAUAUAUAUAUAUCUUCCCUCUAUAUGUAUAUUUUUUUCUUCUUUUUUUUAUUGUGGCUAAUUUGUCAAUAAUUCUAUGUUCUUCUUUCACCUGUAAUCAUAGAUAGACUUAGCUAUUUCUUUAAGUCAUUUUAAGAUGUUUUUUUUUUAUUCUCUGAUAUUGAAUUUUUAUUUUUUUCUGUUAAAUGUGAUGAUCUUUACUACUUUUAAAACAUGUAAUCUCUUUUGUGGCUUCACUUAACUGAUAUUAUCACAUGAAAUCAUUAUAUCGUGUAGUGAAGUGUGUAAUAGUAUGUCAGUAUAUGUGCAAAUGAUCAGAUAUUUUAUUUAAAGAAAAAUUAAAACAAUCUUAACACUUUUCCCCAAAAUGUAAAUGUUACCAGGAGAAUUUUUAUAGAUAAAUAAAACUUCAUAUCACUUUUGUAGUGUUCUCUCUCAGUAAUUUCCAAAUGUUGUUUUAGUAUAACAUCAUAAGGAUAUUGUAAAGACAAAUGAAGACGGUAAGCAAUAGUGGGCGGAGGAAGUGAGAAUCCGUAGUUAUAAGCAUAAUAAUCAUUUAUUGAAAUAUGAGGAAAAAUUCAGUUAGCCUCAGAGAGACACUCCCAGGACCAGGUGGUGAUGUGAUGGGCAGUCAGAGUGUCGGCAGGAGCAGCAAAAGUCAUAGACAAGCAGAAGGGGAACAGCAUUUUGAUGUUUUGACGUAUCCACGUGGGGGUAAAUGUACUUGGGUGUGUGAAUGCACAAAGCCUAUCGUUGUCAAAGUCCUUGUUACAGCAUUUAUCCUGCAUAUAAGUGUAUCUGCAGAUGCUUAUUUGUUAUAAUAACGCUGUUAUUAUAAACCAGCUGGACGUCGCACCAUUUCCUGUAACUUCUGAUGGUUAAGAACAGAUAACCAGAUUUCCAGACAUUUUUUUUCAUCCUUUAUCUCCAAACAGAUUUGGUAUGGGGCUAAAGAAGGACUGCAGGAAUUUUCAGCAAACAUGCAGUUAAAAAAGGGACUUCUGCCAUGGCUGAUAAGUGUGUGUGUCUGUAUUACCUACACAUGAUAAGAGCUUCACCAGUAUGUAGUAGGAAUUCAAAGGCAGCUGCAGAACCCAAACAGAAUUUGUGGAAGUGGGUGAUAAAGGAUUGUCUGAUCAAUAGACACAAAUAAUGAGAGUUUCGACAGCAGAAAGUGGAGCAGGGGAUCAGGAACACCUGAAUGAUGUGGCAAUUAUUUU